AUGGGACUAGUUUAACAGACCUUGUGAGAGAAAUGUCAAGAUUAGUUUAAAAAGCAUUACAAGAGAAACGUGGAUAGUUUGUUUUGAUAGAUAAAUUAACAAACAUAAUAAUUAAGAACAUAAAAACAUUGUAUUAUAAAAAGGAAUAUGGACACAGAAAAUAACAAUUCCAAGACAACAAUUAAGAAUCCCAUAAACAAAAUUAUUCGUGAACGAUCGGCUGAAAUUGUAUCUGGCGGCAAUGUGUUCUAUAAUCCUGUACAAGAAUUUAAUCGUGACCUGAGUGUAUCGGUACUCAAUGUAUAUUUUCAACAAUUGCUGAAGGAAAGGGCAGCAUCUAAAAAGAAUCAUAAAAAGGACACCAAUGGCAAUAGUGAUGACAAAAAUGAGACAGAAGAAACAUCGGAGACGACAGCUAUCACUUACAAAGCUGGGCCAAAGUAUAAAAAUGGUCUACGUAUUUUGGAAGCUCUGUCAGCAACAGGUUUGCGUAGUAUACGUUAUGCCAAAGAAAUUGCUGGUGUUAAAGAAAUCAUAGCCAAUGAUUUGUCAAGGCAGGCGGUUGAGGCUAUCAGAGAGAAUGUAAAACACAAUCGGGUGGAACAUUUGAUAGAGCCAAGUCAUGCCGAUGCCAUGACUCUCAUGUACCUGUCAACCGCCAAGGAGAAACAAUUCGACUGUGUCGAUUUGGAUCCAUAUGGCUGUCCAAAUCGUUUUCUGGAUGGUGCUAUACAAUCAAUUGUGGAUGGUGGUUUGCUGCUGGUCACUGCCACGGACAUGGCAGUUUUGGCAGGAAAUGCCCCAGAGGCAUGUUAUGUUAAAUAUGGUUCUGUACCCUUGCGUAUGAAAUCAUGUCACGAAAUGGCACUACGCAUCCUACUGCAUUGCAUCGAGACGCAUGCCAAUCGUUAUGGCAAAUAUAUUGUACCUUUAUUGAGCAUUUCAGCUGAUUUCUAUGUACGUGUUUUUGUGCGUAUUUUUAGUAGUCAAGCCAAGUGUAAAUUUAGUAUGAGUAAACAAUCAAUGAUAUAUCAAUGUACGGGCUGUGAUACAUACACUUUGUAUCCACUGGGUACGAUUAAGCCGAAUCCAACGGCCAGCAAUCCAAAUCAGGUUAAAUUUGGCAUACCCACGGGACCACCUGUGUCAGAACAAUGUGAACAUUGUGGCCAUAAACAUCAUUUGGGCGGUCCCAUUUGGUCUGCUCCCAUACAUGACAAAUCCUUUGUCCAAGAACUCCUCAGUGCAAUACAAAAAAGUCCCCUAGAUGAAUUGGGAACCCAAAAACGUUUAGUGGGCAUGUUAACGGUGGUGCUAGAAGAAUUGGACGAUGUCCCCCUGUACUAUACCUUGGAUAAACUCUGCUGCGUUUUGAAAUUGGAAAUAGUUCCUAUACUGAAAUUCCGCUCUGCAAUAUUACAUGCCGGUUAUAAAGUAUCAUUCUCUCAUGCCUAUAAGAAUUCUAUAAAAACAAAUGCUCCUGCCUCGGUGUUAUGGGAUAUUUUACGGUGUUGGAAUAAACGCCACCCGGUCAAAGAGGAACGCAUGAUUGACGGAACACCCAUUAAGGCCAUUUUAAGCAAAGAAUGUACCAGAGAUUAUGAAUUUGAUAAUAUUCAUCCCGAAGCCAAUCCCAGGAGUCGGAAACAGGCAUUAUCAAGAUUCCAGGCGAAUCCAACACCCCAUUGGGGACCGGGAACAAGGGCUACAAUUAUGAUUGGUGAGGAUAAAAUUGAAAAAAGUCAUCGUAACCAAAAUAAGAAACAAAAACACAAGGUACAAGAUUCCAAUGCCAAUAAUGAUGAUGAUGGCAAUGAGCCUGAAAACGAAGAAUCCCAGAAAAGUAAACAACCCAAACUUGAUACCACCAAUACUACAGAAGACGCUGCUAUGGAGUCAUGAUGAUAAUUUAAAAAAACUUAUAUAUUUUUAUAGGAAUUUUACAAUGUUGUAUGAAAUAAAAUCAUAUCCAGAUUUUUUGAUGGUCAAAUCAAA